AUGGCCCGUCCUUUGAUCAUCUUUGGGCCGCUUAAGGAAAGAAUAACUGAGGAGCUCCUCCGUUCAGAUGAAUUUGCUACCUGCAUACAGCAUACGUCCCGGCCACCACAGGCAGGUGAAGUGGACGGGGUCCACUAUCACUUCUAUCCUUCCAAAGUGGCCAUGCAGACAGAUAUAUCGUCGGGAAAGUUCUUGGAUGUGGUAGUACAGAGUGACCACUUCUAUGCCACCUCUAUGCAAUCCGUCCUGGAGGUGCUUCAGAGUGGACGCAUAUGCAUCCUUGAUGUCAACAUCGUGGCCAUCUAUCGGUUGCAGAGUGCUGGGCUUCAUCCCAUGGCAAUUCUGCUGAAGCCGGAGACAGUGAUGCAGUGCCGCGGCCUUCAGAGACGUCUCACCGUCGAUCAGGCACGUCGGAUGCACGAGGCCUGCACGCGAAUGGAGUCUGAGUACUGGUACCUCUUCACUGCCAUACUAAACUUGGAGUCGCUGGACAGCGCACUCAUAUCGGUGAAUCGUGUCCUGCAGCAACAUAAAGGUCCAUGUGUUUGGCUGCCUGCCGACCAGACUCUGCAUAGCAUGGAAAAGCAAACUCCGACUCUUAUCUGA